CUACGAGGUUGUCUAUCGAGUGUGUGAGAGCGUAGUGCGUGGGUACUGAGAUCUAGCAGGCUACCCGAGCAAAACAAGCAGACUCGCCUAAGCGAAGUUUUAAUCAGGAGUAUAUAAAGCUGGUUCGGCGAGAGUGCUGUAAUAGAAUCGACGAGAAAAACUGAAACUCCGUCAUCGUCUGAUAUUUGGAAAUACAAUUCUACCUUUUCUCGUUUAUUCGAAGACGGGCAAUAUGAAAAUUUUCGGAGUGCUGGUUCUACUCAUCCAUGCCUUAGCGGCGUCCAGGUUGGUCAGUGGCGCCUCAAUUGACAGGCACGAGAGCGAGAAACCUGCGCACACGGCGGUGGUGAACCUGUUCGCGCCCCUGGAUGAAAGCACGGUCGCGGGGGACACUGGGGAGGUGCAGGACGGCGGCGUCGACGAAUAUUACUACGACGAUGAGGAGGAUGAAGUUUCCCUCUCCGGGGACUACGGAAUCGAACAGCCGAGAGUGGCGUUCUCCAGCAAACCCAGGGACCCGUCUGCCGUGCAGGGCCCGGAGCCGAGCGAGGGAACGGAGAGGAGGGGGAAAGGAAGGAAAAGGGGGAAGGGGAAGGGGAAAGGGAAGAAGAGGAAUCCGUGUCUGAGGAAGUACAAGGACUUCUGCAUCCACGGCACCUGCCAGUACCUGAGAGACAUCCGCAUGCCCUCCUGCAUAUGCCAGCCGGAUUAUUCGGGCGAGCGAUGCCACCUGUUCAGCCUUCCGACGUCGAGGAACGAGGACAGCUACAGCCGCACGACCGCGCUGGCGGUGGUGGCGGUCGUCCUCUCCUCUCUCUGCCUCACGGUCAUCGCCAUUCUGCUGGCGAUCAGGUAUCACAAGCGAGGGGCGUACGAUGUGGAGAACGAGGAAAAGGUCAAAUUGGGGUCAGUGCCUCAGCACUAAGCAGCUGGAAGAGAAUGCCAAGGAAAAGGAAAUUCUACCUCAGAAACAAGAGAAGGAGAAAGCUGGGAAGAACCGGGACUGCGGGACAGUGAAAUGUGGCAUGGCCUUUCCCCAUGGACGGACGGACAGAUGGACGGACGGACUGACACCACAAAGUGGGACUUCGGGGGCUUAACGGGGUCUUCUUCGCCCAGUUCGGCUUGGACAGGCCCCCGCAACCUGGAGCACAGACUGCACGGGGCGCAUCGACCGACGUCCCAAAAAGAAGAGGGAAGACUCUCUGGAAGCAGGCGGGGCUGGAGAGGAGAGGAGAGAAGUUAAAGAAUGAAUUUUUGGCAGCAUUUCCCUGCCACAUUCUGUACCACCUCUGAGACACACCAGGACUGCUUCUCUUCCAGGAAGAAGGCUCUUUUGCUGCGGAACGUUGUGCCGUCUCCUUACGCUGACGUGUCCUUAUGUGUCAGCGGUUUCAUUUUUUACAUGCAAUGUAAAAAAAAAAAACUGCUUAACAAGUAUUUUAGUCUUGCAAUAAGACUUAAUUGAUUAAGACUUAUUUUCCUCUCUUAAGUAGAAGGUAUUCGCUUGUUUUAAGUUACUGCUUGAAAAGCAAAAUUUUCUUAUCCCAUUGGCAAAUCCUGAAAUGAGUAAAAAUGUCUCACCUCAUUGGCAAUAUUUUUGUCUCAUUUGGCAAAAUAUCUGAAUAUAAGACUAAAAUACUUGAGUAACUUAUUUUUUGGUUUCUGCAGUGUUCUCAUUGUUGUCCAGUGUACUGUAUUUUUUUAUACCGUCAGUCUUUUAAUUUAUUUAUUUAUGUAUAUUUAUUCUAAUUUUUACUAGUUCCAUUCAAAAUGCACUGCCCGAUUUAGAUUUUGUUUGUUUGUUGUCCUCAUUUUGUUGUAUUUUUAUAAUAAAUCUAAUGGGUAUUUAUUUAAUUAAAAUUGUAUUGGCUAAAUUUAGCUGCCCAGUGGAUUGAAGGAUUUGUUCAGACAAUUUUUUUUUGUUUUGAGUGCUGUCUUCUGUUCACUCAGCUGAUUCGGGAUCCUGAUCAGCUGAUUGGGAGAUCCUGACCAGCUGAUUCGGGGAUCCUGAUCAGCUGAUUGGGAGAUCCUAGCCUUGUAAACAGUGCAGGGUUCAUACUCUAGCUGCUGGACCUUUAAGUGGUCUGUGGCAUUAAUGUAACUAGGAAUGUUGUGGGCCACGUGGUUGGGAUUGUAUUGGGUGUGGUCUUCCUUAGCUACUGUUGCUUAAUUACAGUAUACCAAUAUAGCUAACUUCUCAGUGUUUUAUCCGCUCUAACAGAAGUUUAUUUUUUAUUUUUUAGUCCAGUAGAGACCAGGCCAUGUGUACUUAAUUAGUCUAAAGUACCGUUUCGGAGUUAAUUUUCCACUGAACAUUAGCUGUGAAGGUUCUUGGCUUUCAUUUUAGGCGAUGAUGUGUUAUUUAAGAUGAAGAGAUUCAGAUUCAGAUUAAAACAAGAUUUGUUUUACCACUAUAAGAGUUUUCAAUUCAGAACUCUUAGGUCAAUGUUAACUCAGCUGUUUAACUUAUAAAAUGUGAAUGUGAAGCUGUCCAACUUUUUCAAAACAAAUCCUUGUGAAAAUAUAAUACAUUUUUAAAAACUGGAAACCUUUUUGUGUAAAUUUGUGUCAAGAUAAAUAAACAAUAAAAUAAA